AUUGAGCGAAUUGGUCCUCUGCCUUGUGCCUUGAUUUAGCCAUCGGGCUGAGCCUCGCUCCUCCCUUCCUUACUCGGAUAGGAGCCACUGGGAUCUGGAGCUUGAGCUUCCAAAUUGAAGCUGGCCUCAGGCCAGGUGACCUUUCCUUUGCAUCUAUCUCCUCCAGUGGGAUCCGCCAGCUCGCCCUUCCCGCAGCACCAUGUGGGUGACCAAACUUCUGCCAGUCCUGCUGCUGCAGCAUGUCCUCCUCCACCUCCUCCUGCUUCCCAUCGCCAUCCCCUACGCAGAGGGACAGAAGAAAAGAAGAAACACACUUCAUGAAUUCAAAAAGUCAGCAAAGACUACUCUAAUUAAAGAAGACCCUUCACUGAAGAUAAAGACCAAAAAAAUGAAUGCUGCAGACCAAUGUGCCAAUAGAUGUAUCAGGAAUAAAGGACUUCCAUUCACAUGCAAGGCCUUUGUUUUUGAUAAAGCAAGAAAACGAUGCCACUGGUUCCCUUUCAAUAGCAUGUCAAGUGGAGUGAAAAAAGAGUUCGACCAUGAAUUUGACCUCUAUGAAAACAAAGAUUAUAUUAGAAACUGCAUCAUUGGUAAAGGAGGAAGCUACAAGGGAACAGUGUCUAUUACUAAGAGUGGCAUCAAAUGCCAGCCAUGGAAUUCCAUGAUACCACAUGAACACAGCUUUUUGCCUUCGAGCUAUCGGGGUAAAGACCUACAGGAAAACUACUGUCGAAAUCCUCGAGGGGAAGAAGGGGGACCAUGGUGUUUCACAAGCAAUCCCGAGGUACGCUACGAAGUCUGUGACAUUCCUCAGUGUUCAGAAGUUGAAUGCAUGACCUGCAAUGGGGAAAGUUAUCGUGGUCCCAUGGAUCAUACAGAAUCAGGCAAGAUUUGUCAGCGCUGGGAUCAUCAGACACCACAUCGGCACAAAUUUUUGCCCGAAAGAUAUCCCGACAAGGGCUUUGAUGAUAAUUACUGCCGCAAUCCUGAUGGCAAGCCGAGGCCAUGGUGCUAUACUCUUGACCCUGACACCCCUUGGGAGUACUGUGCAAUUAAAAUGUGUGCUCAUAGUACUACAAAUGACACUGAUGUCCCUAUGGAAACAACUGAAUGCAUUCAAGGUCAAGGAGAAGGUUACCGGGGCACUACCAAUACUAUUUGGAAUGGAAUUCCAUGUCAGCGUUGGGAUUCCCAGUAUCCUCACCAGCAUGACAUAACUCCUGAAAAUUUCAAGUGCAAGGACCUAAGAGAAAAUUAUUGCCGAAAUCCAGAUGGGGCUGAGUCACCCUGGUGUUUUACCACUGAUCCAAACAUUCGAGUUGGCUACUGCUCGCAAAUUCCGAAAUGUGACGUGUCAAGAGGACAAGAUUGUUAUCGUGGCAAUGGCAAAAAUUAUAUGGGCAAUUUAUCUAAAACAAGAUCUGGACUAACUUGUUCAAUGUGGGACAAGAACAUGGAAGACUUACACCGUCAUAUCUUCUGGGAACCAGAUGCUAGUAAGCUGAAUAAGAACCACUGCCGGAAUCCUGAUGAUGAUGCCCACGGACCCUGGUGUUACACAGGGAAUCCUCUCAUUCCUUGGGAUUACUGCCCUAUUUCACGUUGUGAAGGUGAUACUACACCUACAAUCGUCAAUUUAGACCAUCCUGUAAUAUCUUGCUCCAAAACAAAACAACUGCGAGUUGUAAAUGGAAUUCCAACAAGAACAAAUGUAGGCUGGAUGGUUAGUUUGAAAUACAGAAAUAAACAUAUCUGUGGAGGAUCAUUGAUAAAGGAAAGUUGGGUUCUUACUGCAAGACAGUGUUUCCCUUCUCGGAACAAAGACUUGAAAGACUACGAAGCUUGGCUUGGCAUUCAUGAUGUCCAUGGACGAGGAGAUGAGAGGCGCAAGCAGGUUCUAAAUGUGUCCCAGCUGGUAUAUGGCCCUGAAGGGUCAGAUCUGGUUUUAUUGAAGCUUGCAAGGCCUGCUCUCUUGGAUGACUUUGUUAGUACAAUUGAUUUACCUAAUUAUGGAUGCACGAUUCCUGAAAAAACCACUUGUAGUGUUUAUGGCUGGGGCUACACUGGAUUGAUCAACUCUGAUGGUCUAUUAAGAGUAGCACAUCUUUAUAUCAUGGGGAAUGAGAAAUGCAGCCAGCAUCAUCAAGGGAAGGUGACUCUGAAUGAGUCUGAAAUAUGUGCAGGGGCUGAAAAGAUUGGAUCAGGACCAUGUGAGGGGGAUUAUGGUGGCCCACUUGUUUGUGAACAAAAUAAAAUGAGAAUGCUUCUUGGUGUCAUUGUUCCUGGUCGUGGAUGUGCCAUUCCAAAUCGUCCUGGUAUUUUUGUCCGAGUAGCAUAUUAUGCAAAAUGGAUACACAAAAUUAUAUUAACAUAUAAAGUACCUCAAUCAUAGCUAAAGUAAGUGUGUCUGAAACAUGCAUCAAUACAACUCUCUUUUACAUGAAGAUUCAGAGAACGCGGAAUUAAAAUGUCACUUAAAAUAAUCCUACGACAACUACUUGAGUGUCAUGUUUGUUAAGAUACUCAUUAUUAUUUAUGGAUGUUUUCUGUUGUUUUGUUUGUCAGUGUUAUUUUGUAAAUGUUGAAGUGAAUUAAGGUACAUGCAAGUGAAGUAACAUAUCUCCUGAAGAUACUUGAAUGGGUUAAAAAAAUGCAGAGGAAUACUUGCUGGAUGAUAAAAGAUUUAAUAGAAAAGACUGAUUAAUUUCUAUGCUGCUUUCCAAGGUCAAUCUCUUAUUAAUGAAUAAACCAUAAGUUAAACAUCACUUUAACUCACCAAACCAAUUUAUACCUAUGACCUUAAAUUGUAACUCUAUAUUAAAUUAUAUCACUUUCAUAUGUUACAGUUAAUUCAUUUCUCCUCACUGUGUAUCCUGCUAUCUGGUACACACUUUUGCAAAAACACACCCACAUAGACAUGCCUGGCAACAUAUGUGUAUGCAAUAUAGUUUAAAUUGUGCCAUAGUAAUGUAACCCUUGGAUAUUUUGGAUGUAUGUACUUAAAUUUUUUUCUCAAAAAAUAAAAAUAGAAAUCUCUAAAGACCAGUAGAAAUAUUAUGCAAAGGUGCAAGAUAAAAGUGGCUAGUUAUUUUUUCAUACAUAAUCCUCAGAUGAAUUCCACUGGCUGGUAUUUCUGGUGUGUAUAACUAACAGUUAAAUAACACCUAUUAUAGGUGUCAACAUAUAUUUAUUAGUCAUUUAGUCAUGACUUUUUGAUGACCCAAUAUUAUUCUAGUUAUUUUAUGUAGUUUCUAAUUCUUAAAAACAGAGAGAGAGAGUGAUAUGAGUACUUAUAUUAUCCCCCAACAAAAAAACUUGGGCUAUGUAUUUAUGCAAGGUAUUUGUAGAUAUAUUUUCCUAAAGCAUUUCUUAGAUUCUCAAAUAAGUGUAUAAUUAAAGAAGUUUAAAGGUGUUUUAAUCAUUUAAAAUGUAUUAAGCAGGUUAAUUCAAAGACUUAUUGUGAUAGGCUUGUAGCUCACUCUUUUUAAAUUAAAAAAUAUAUAUAUUUAAGAGAAAAAUUUCCAUGCCUACAGAGUUUAAAUAGUCUAUCAAAUCAUGAAUCAAAGUACAUAUUGAGAGAAAACAAAAAUACUUGUUUCAACAUGGGAUUUUUUUAUCCUAAUUAAGGCUUAGUCAAGUAGAGUGUAAAAAAGUAUCAAAGGAAAGAAAGUUUUCCAGAUCUUAAGAAUAGUUUUAGCUAUGUAUUCGAUUAUGUUUUCAAAAGUAGAGUUAAAUCUGCUGAAUCUGAUUUUUUAUCCAGGUAUCUCCAUUAAAAGUUUUGUUUUACAAAGAUCUGUCCUAAUGUCAUGGGAAAUAGUCAUUUAAAUUUUGUAUUCUUAACGAUUAUAAUCAAAUUUCUAUUACUGCAUCUGUCAUGCUUAGCAAAGGAGCAUGUAUUUGUUAAGAAGUAGAGUAAAAAAUAGGAUCGGCUUUGAAUUUUCACAUAAUCUUCCUGUGUAAAACAUCUUAUAAAAUAAUUAUUUGAACACUUUAAAUAUAGUAUUCCCAUUUCUCUGGCUUGGUUCUCUUGAAUGACUUUGUUAAGGCCAAAUCUCUUAACCCUUGCAAUUCCAUUUGGAAUAAAACAGUUUUAAAUUUACUGGCAAGCUUUGUUCACAGAGUAUAGGGCAGCAAAUCCAGAAAUGCGUAUGCAAGUUGCACUGUAUUGUUUCAUGUUAAGGCGUAACGGUAUCAAGAAACUUAUCAGCGGAAGCAAUGAGACACCUAAUCAGUUGAUUGUACUUCUCUUUUAUAUAAUACACUAUUUAAAUAAACACAUAGAAAUUUCAAAGGCAUAUUUUCACAAUAUUAAAGUAUUUUUCAUAGUUUCUUCUUCAGAAUUGAAUAACUUUAAUUACUUAUUAAUGAUAUGUGUAAAACUUUUAUGAAAAUUGCAACAUUUUAAAAUGCUCACAUUAAAAAAAUACUUAUUCUAUGUCUUUUCCCUUACAUUUCCAUGUAGAGAGAUAGGAAUUUCCUACAUACAAGAACUGGCUAACAUUUUAGAUAUUUUGAACUCAGUUUUUUCCAUUUUAUUAAAGAAUAAAAACAACUAAUCAUUAAACAUGUUGUGGAAAGCAAUGCUUUCUUUGGGAGCUUUCCUCUGUGACAGGAAGAAAUGGGUGGAAUUUACUAUGAAAGUGAGGUGGAUCAUUUUAGAUGGCUGGAUGAGGUAUAAUAAUGUCACUAUUCUCUGGUGAAGGAUAAUGUUUACUGGGUGUGUUUUCUUCUAAAUAAACUACAAAAAAUCCAACUUAUCGAAAAAUCCAUUUUAUUUUGCAUUAUGGACAAACAUGCCUUUUUCACUAGAGGUUUUUCAAUGCUAUCUUUGUUUGGGCUGUUUGAAUAAUGGUUCUAUGCUGUUUUAAUUGUAGACAUUUUCUUAUGUCUACCAGAAAUAGAAAUGUAAAAUUAAAAUAUGUGUCAUAAUGUCUCUGCCGUGCAGAAGGGAUGAUAAUCCUUUUGUAUACUUCUUUAAUUUUAUUGUAAAAUGCGUGACUUUUACCUAUUUGCUGUGGGCAGGUCCUCAGUACAGUGGUUUAUAUUGAGUCAGUCUCUAGUAUUAACAGGCUCUUGCUUGCUAUCUAAGUGUUUCAAACUAUGGGAAGUGUGAGACACUGGAAGGCAAGAAAAAUAACAAUAAUGGCAUGUGAUAGCAAAAUUAUAUUUCACUUAUUCCUGUGAAUAUUUCUUGUUGGUACCAAUGGUACUGUACAAACUGAAUGUUAUAGCCACACAUUCCCUUGGAAAGAACACUGUCAAGAAGUGGGACAUUGUAGAAGAUACAUUUUUUCUUGUUUCUAAACUUUUCUCAAAAGAAAUACUGGUUUUGCAACAUAAAGAUUUUUUUAAUAAGCUCACAUACUAAAAAAAUUUUCAUUUGACUUACUCAAAUUCAAAAUAUAAGUAUUUUCAAUUAAUUAUACCCAAUAUAUAUGAAAUGCUAAGUCCUAAAAUUUUUUGACAAGUUUAUUUAAAACAUAAUAUUGGUUUGAAUAAAAACACGUAGCCUUUGUCUUUUUUAGAGACCAUUUUAAAAUAAAUUAC